AUGGAAACCAAAGUUGUUAGUGAAAAAGUUGGUUUUGGUGUCCAUACCCUUUCUUCUAUCGCCGGAUUCGAUGGAAAAUAUGUCAAGGAGUUGCAUAUGAAAAAUCUUUUUAAUGAGAUCAUUGGUGAUUACAAAAACCAACAAGUACCACCAACAUUGAAGGAGAUGGCUGAGAGGUUUAUCUAUAAUCCAGCCGAAGUUAACCAUAAUUCCGAGGUACAAAAGAAGGUAUUUGCAACAGUGAGUACAACAGCAUUGAUCGUGAAACCCACUAAAGAAGUAAUGUUCUACGAGAGGCAUUUGGAGGAGAAUGGCGACUGGAAAGACGUCCACAACUUCACUUUCAAGAUCGAGUAG